UUUACCUAUGUAAGUUGUGUUGCACCGCACCUAAAACAAUACUCGAAUUCUCCAUCUCUCCUCUCUUUCGUAUUCUCGCGAUGGCAAGAAAUGGGGUUGUCUCUGCGUCAAAGCUUUUGAAAUCCCUAAUCACCGAUCCAUCUUUGCAGAAUCUUCCUUCCAACACUCGAAAUUUCAGUCUAGUCGCCGGUCAAAUCAGUAAACACACCGCCAAAUGGAUGCAGGAUACGAGCAAGAAAUCUCCCAUGGAAUUGAUCAAUGAAGUUCCACCAAUUGAAGUCAAAGGCAGGAUUGUCGCCUGUGAAGGAGAUAAUGACCCUGCACUUGGUCACCCAAUUGAGUUCAUAUGUCUAGAUCUGAAAGCGCCGGCGAUUUGCAAGUACUGUGGCCUUCGCUAUGUUCAGAACCAUCAUCACUAAGAGUGUGUUGUAACGUGUUCUGAAGGAGACUGUUAUCUUGAGAUGAAUUUCAGAGAACUGAAACUUAGCAACAGUCUUCUUAUUCUUGGAUGCAGCUUCUUUUUUUUCCUUCGACUAUCCUCAUCAUAGAUUGUUCUUUUUUGAUUGAGAUGAUAUCUGUUGUUGUGUUUAUUAAAUUUGCGAAAUAAGUAAAAAGUUGAACUUGUCUUUACAUUUUUAUCCGUGUUUCCUUGUUGCACUGGGCUGUCUCACCUCAGCCUCGUAAGCGUUACAUAUGAUAGAGCUGUGUGCA